AUGAGACAAACGUUCUUUAAACUGACGCACUUGUGCAGCUCUUUCAUAUGGCGUCUCUGCAACUCCACUUUCCUCAUAUUUGCCUUCUCCAUACUCUCCACCGUCUCCCAGCAACCGUCGCCGCCGUCUGCUCCUCAGUCCAUCAUCCACGCCGCCGAGACCCUGGCCAGCGUCGGUCGUCUCUCGUCCACCUCCUCCUUCACUGCUCCAACCUCUCUCUCCCGGUCAUCCCUCCUCUCCCUGCCCUUCACCUCCAUAGUCCCGUCUCUCUCCCCCGCCAUCCACCUCGUCGUGACCUUUGGCCAGCCCGAACAAAUAUCCAUCAACAACGUCGGAGUCUCUGAUACCCCAAUUUUCAACGACGGAUUAGUAUUUGUCUACGCAGUUGACGAUGUCUUCAAGCUGAAUUUCACCAUAGCGGACGCAAAUCCGGCCAACCUGAACCCUAGAUCCGAUUUCCAGUGCCUGAAGCUGGAAUCAUCCUCUAGAUUUGGGGACGCAUCUGGAGUUCUGAAAUCGAGAGGCUACUCGUUAUUUUCCUUCAAUGGACUGAUCACCGAUAGCUUGUUAUCAUCUUAG